AUGGUGCUAGAUAUAUUAGAAAAGGAGUCUCCAGUAAUUGUUAGUCUUGGGGUGCCAGAAUCGUUGGACGAUGCAGAACCCCUACCUCAGGACAGCAUAUCAAUAGAACAGCCAACAUUAUUAACGCAAGACCCUGGCGUGCCCUCAACUUCCUGCAUAGGAGAAAAAAAAUCUGAUGACAAGAACAAAGAAAAGCUUGAUUUGCAAAAUGAAUACCUAAAACUGCAAAAUUACAAGACCAAAUUAGAAAUUUUAGAAUUAAAAACUGCACUACACCUUCCAAAAUCUAAAUUUACCCAAUGUUUUGCUGUUAGAGACAUUUCAUACGGGCAGGACCAGCAUACGACAUACAAGAAUCUUUAA